AACCCCUCUACACAAACAAACACACAGUUGUAUCAAAUCUGCAAAGUGCGAGAGAGAGCGAGAGAGAGAUGGCUGGAACCAAAGCGGCGAAGAGUUCGAGUGUUGGUACCGUGAGGAAGAGAGUGGAGGCGCAAGCUGCUGCGCUCAAACGCGCUAGAGACGGCAGUGCUUUUGUCCGAUGUGAGGAAUGCAAUAAGGAUGUUGCUGCUGCGUUGAUUGGUAUGCAUAGCUGCAGCAGCGAGGCCAAGUUGAAGACCAAUCUUGAGUCUCUGGUUGUUGAGAGUCAGACUGAGGCUAUAAAGAAGAAACCGAAAACUGAAUCUGCAGCUGCUAAGAAAGAGAGGAAGCCUAAAGAACCAAAGAAGCCUAAAGAUUCAAGCAAGCCUAAGCGCCAUGCCACUGCCUUCUUUGUUUUCAUGGAGGAUUUUAGGAAGACAUUUAAGGAAGAGCAUCCUGAUAAUAAGAGUGUUGCAGUGGUUGCAAAGGAAGGUGGUGAGAAAUGGAAAUCCUUGACUGAUGAAGAGAAGAAGGUAUAUAUUGAUAGAGCUGCAGAGAGGAAGGCUGAGUAUGAAAGGAAUUUGAAGGAGCAAAAUGAUGAAGCAGAAGAUAAUGAAGGAGCAAACCCUGAUGAAGAAGGUGAAAAUGAGGAAGCAAAGGUUGAGACAGUAGAUGAUGAUGAGUAAAACUAUGCCACUCUGUGUUCAUAGCUGCAUUGUUUCUCUUCGACUGUUUAGACUCGUUUAGAUGAUUUAGUAGAUGCUAUUAUGUAAAUUUUUGGAUAUUGGAACAAUGUUUUGUGACAAGAUUAGAUGUGGCCACUUAUGUUCCUUUAUAUGAAAAUGAAAAUCUUUUGUUUACUA